AUGAGGCUCAUCACCACGCACGCCCUCGUCGGCGGCCUUGCCCUGGCGGCUACAGCAGCCAAUGCAGCUCCAUCCUCUCCGCAGCAGCUCAGCUUUGCCUCCACUGAAGCGCCUAGCAUCAGUGCAGCCUCAUGGCUCUCAUCGGGGAUCAGCUCUCUCCUCAAGUCCGCAGCGGGAGACAAGACCAUCUACGACGUCAUUACGACCCAUGCCGAGUUUUCCAAACUGGCCAAGGCUGUCAAUUACUCGAGUGAGGAGACAAAGGACCUCCUCAAGGGCAAGACGGGCGGCAAGCUUACCCUCUUCGCGCCAAAGGACUGGAAGAUGCCCCACCACAAGCGCGAUGACGAGAUGACGGAUGCGCAUCUCGCUCAGGUCGGAACCUCGUGGGCUCUGCUAGACCAAAAGGUCGAAGCAUUCGAGGCGGCCGAAGCACUGCGCGAAAGCAGCGAUGAUGAUGACGACGACGACGACGACGAGAAGCGUCGUCGCCGUCGCAUGCUAGCCAAGUUCAUCGACUCUGUCCUGGCGUACCACCUCGUGGACACGUCUCACCCACUCAAAGCCUCCUCCAUCGCCCAAAACAGCACCGUCGCCACCAAGCUGAGCAUCACCGGCAAGCUGGCCAACUACAUCGGCAAGCUCUCCGACGGUCAACCGCUGCGCCUUCGAGUAGGCAAGUCCCUCGUCCCCAAGCCGGGGGUCUACCUCAACUUCUACUCGCGUGUAGUCUACCCAGACGUCGAGUUGGCCAACGGAAUCAUCCACGUAGUCGACUAUCCGCUCUUCCAGUUCCCUUCGAUCUUACAGGGACUCUACUUCACGCAACCUCAGUUCAGCACCUUGACCAGCGCAUUCCAGAAGACGAAGAGCGAUGGGUAUCUCGCCUUGCCACCUAUGAAGCAUCACGGCGGGCACGAUGGGCACAAUGAGAGCCACUCGGAUCACCACCACCACCAGCAUCGUCGCCCGGACUUCAGCGACCCCAAAGGCACAGAGGCGGCCACCCUCUUUGCGCCGAGCAAUGCGGCAUGGGAUCGCCUUCCCUGGUCGUUCCGUGCCUACCUCUUCUCCCCCUGGGGUCGUGAUCUGCUAGGAAAAGUCCUGAUGUUGCACUCCAUCCCAGACGAUAUCGUCUACGCGGACUCGGUGCACCACGUCCACCGCAACGGGCGUAACCGCAGCAGCAGCGUCGCGACGACGACCACGUCGAUGGAGAACGGCGCGAAUGUCACGCGCUACACGUUCGAUUCGGUCCUUCCCAAGCUCAGGCGAGGGCACGACACGCCUCCCCCCGAUGAGGCCAAGGAGUUCGAGCAGGUAGAUGUAGCAGUCUAUCGUUACUACCUUCUUCCAGGCAGCAAGGGGCCCCUACAGACUAGGAUGGAGGUGCAAGGCGUGCCCGUCUUGAUCCAGGAUGUCGUCAAUCUGAAUGGGGCUGGUCAUCUGAUUACCAAGUUUAUCAAGCCAAAGGGACAUCCGCAUGAGGGGGUGUGGGCGGAUGUUGCAAGGGAGGCUAGUGCGUACGGAUUUGGCGAGGUGGAUCUGAUGGAGGAGGCUCGGGUUGAGGCGUGGUAG